CUCGGUCGCAGCCAUGAGUACAUCGCCUCCUCCCACUCCGCCAUGGAGGGCCCUAGCAGAUGACGAGCGGAGAUUCAAGCCAGUCACCUUACCUUGUGAGUGGGCGGAGGAUUAUCGCCCCGGUGGUUACCAUCCCGUUGUUCUCGGCGAUGUCUUCAACAACGGCCAGUACAAGGUCAUCCGGAAGCUCGGGGAGGGCUCCUACUCAACCGUUUGGCUCGCUCGUGACCUCAAAAACAGUGGAUAUGUCGCGCUGAAGAUUCUAGUGUCUGAAAUCACGGAAUCGACCACCGAGCUACGGAUUUUACGCCACAUUAACGAAGCCGCACCAGCAGAAGCCGGUGGGCAUAUCACGCGACUGCUAGACGAAUUCAAACAUCGCGGCCCCAUGGCUGUGAACAGUAUGGUCGAGGAGCUCCCGCAGUUCAAUCCUCGCAGGCUAGAAAUGAAGGUUCGCUAUCCGCUUGGGAUGGCAAAGAGCAUCCUCAAACAAUCAUUGCAGGCGCUGGCUUUUCUCCACCAGAAUGGUCUCGCUCAUGGGGACUUCCAGCCGGGGAACAUGCUUUUAACUCUGAACGAUAUCGACUCGACGCCCGAGGACGUGCUUCGGCAAGAGGAAGAUGUACAAGCUCGAUCAAUCUCGCCUCCACCACUGGUGCCUUUCACCUGUUACUCCGAAGGUCUUAAGAUCAAACUUUCCGAUAUGGGCGGCGCAUAUUUCUUUGACGACCCGCCAACAAAGCCGGUGACUCCACUUGGACUUCGAGCUCCGGAGUUGAUUCUUACCGGAGCUGUCAACAAUACCGUUGACGUCUGGAGCUUUGGCUGCCUCGUCUUUGAGCUUAUUACUGGACAACCCCUUUUUUGUGUCCCAGGAGACGAGGAUGAGGAUGACGAUCACCUUCUCUCCCUUACCGCCCGGCUCGGCACCUUGCCUGACGAGUUAUUCAAGCAUUGGAAAACGUCUUCUCUCUACUUUACACCCGAGAGGAAGCUCUUCAACUGUCAGCUUGGAGGAGUCGCCCCCGGGGAGGAACCGCUGAUGCUGGAAGAGCCGUCUAUGGAAGAAGCAUUCGAUCAGGCAGAGCCCGAACUUGACGAGGACGAAGCACGCAAAGUGAAGGCACUCAUUCGAUGGAUUUUACAAUAUCACCCCGCGAAGAGACCUUCGCCUGCGCAAAUCUUGUCGGAUUAUUGAUCCUGCGGACUAGUUCACGUCUUCUACAGUUUCUACAGCGAACCCCUUGGAGCCGUAUACAGGAGGUGAGUGAUAUUGCGAGAGAACAUAUCAAGCUGCGUCUGGCGGAAAAUACAUCCUGGAGAGCUCAAGAGAUAUUGGUUCUAUAUGACUGACUAUAUUACCUGUCUAUGUAUCGGAGAUACCUG